AUGAGUGCCUGGACCCCACCCCGACUCCUGGACCUGGCGGGAACCAGCCUGCUGAGGGACAGCGAGGCCUCGGCCGUCACUGCUCUGGAGUACCUGCCCACCGAGCUCUUCCCGCCUCUGUUCCUGGAGGCAUUCUUUGGGAGACGCAUUGAGACCCUGAAGGCCCUGGUGCAAGCCUGGCCCUUUGUCCGCCUGCCUCUGGGGGGCCUGAUAAAGAUGCCUCAUGUGGGGCCAUUACAAGCCGUGCUGGAUGGGCUCGAUGUCCUGCUGGCCCAGAAAGUUCACCCCAGGAGGUGCAAACUGCGGAUCUUGGAUUUAAGGAAUACUGGCCAGGGCUUCUGGAGAAUGUGGUCUGGAGCCAGGCACCACGUAUCCUCAAGCUUACACAUGACAUCACUGGCUGAGGACAGUUCAAGGACAGAGCAGUCCUUGGCUCCCUUGGAGGUGUUCAUAGAACUUUGCCUCAAGAAAAGGACCCUGGAUGGAUUCCACACCUACCUCUUCAGAUGGGUGGAGCAGAGGAAAGUCUCCAUACACCUGUGCUGUAAGAAGCUGCAGAUAUUUUCAAUGCCCAUGAAAAAUAUUAAGAAGGUCCUGAGUCGAGUGCAGCUGGACUGUAUCCAGGAGGUGCAAGUGAAUUGCAUAUGGCAUCUGUCCACCCUGGCCAGGUUCGCUCCUCUGCUGGGCCAGAUGACUAGUGUGCAGAGACUCCUCCUCUCCCACAUCGAUGUGUCUGCCUUCGAGGAGCAGCAGCAGCAGCAACUUGUUCAAUUUAUCUCUCAGAUCCUCGGGCUGCACCACCUCCGGGUUCUCCAUAUGGAAUCUCCCACCUUUCUUGAAGGCCGCCUGGACCAGAUGCUCAGGGGCCUGACAAACUGCUUGGACAAUCUCUCAAUAACUAACUGCCUGCUAACAGAAUCGGACUUGACCCGCCUGUGCCAGUGCCCGAAUGUCAGUCAGCUAAAGGGCCUGGAUCUAGGUGGGGUCACCCUGACUGACUUCAGCCCUGAGCUGCUCCAAGUUCUGCUGGAGAAAGUUGCAGCCACCCUGCAGGAACUGGACUUAAAUCAGUGUGGGAUCACGGACUCCCAGCUCGAGGCCAUCCUGCCCGCCCUGAGCCGCUGCUUGCAGCUUAAAUGCUUCAUUCUGUACGGAAACCUCCUCUCCAUGGCUGUCUUGGAGAAGCUGCUGCGACACACCUCUGGGCUGCCCAGUUUAAACAUAGAGCUUUAUCCUGCCCCUCGGGAGAGUUACAGCUCUCAGGGAGUGCCCCUUGAAGGGAGGUUUGCCCAGCUUCGAGUGGAGUUUUUGAAGGUUCUGCGAGAUCUGGGACAUUCCAGGACCAUCGGUAUUUUCCUGAGCCCCUGCCCUUACUGUGGCGAUGACAUAUGUGAUGACAUGGAGCCCAUUGUAUACCACUGGAAUACCCCUGCCUAG